CCGCGUUUCAAUUGGCGGCAAACCAUGCAUCUUUGCCGUUUCGUCUUUCAACCAUAAAAGCGAGGAUCCGAAUAAGAGAGGAGAGAGAGACGGUGAGACAGUGGAGCCUUCCCAAAGCCAACAAUUGCCUUCUCCUUCUAUUGACGUCUUCCUACCUACCGUAUCAGGGAUCAUUUACUGCUGGUGUCUAACAUCAGUGUAGCUGUGUGUUGCUUGUGGUCGUUUCAGAGCAACCCCAACGGCUAACUGAACCUCGUUGGCUGUCCUCUUUGCCUCGCUGUCUAAAGACGUGUCGUUCCAUCAAGCUCUUCCACACAUACAUACAAUCUGCACUAUAUAUCAUGACGGACGUUAUUACAAUGGCUGAAACUACUGCUACACAAGAUUCGUCGUCCGAUACUAGCCAACUACGAGAGAAAUUGGCGCGCCUCCAACAACGUCGUCGUCUGGUCCAAGAGACGCGUCGUCAACAAUGGACGCUGCUGGAACGAGCCGAACAUCACCGUCAUGGUUUGGAGCAUCAACUGGAAUUGGCUCAAGCGGAAGAAGAGGCGUGGAAGACUCGACGGGGACAAGCGCAAGAACUCUUGGAGGAAUCCCACAAAUGGAAUGUCCUCAAUGAUGCCUUUUUCAUUUGGCAUCAAGGACCCUUUGCCACUAUUAAUGGAGUCCGUUUGGGAGCCGAAGCGCAUGUCUCGUCUUCCUCCGUCGCUGCCAUGAGAGCCGCCCAACAGCAUGCGGCGCAAGAGGAACCUACUUCCUCCGGUAGCAGUGUAUUGGGAGUCAUGGCAGCCACCGUCAGUUUGCCAGGACGUGUUUUGGGAUUCACAACAUCUUCCGCCGAAACAAUAGCAACUGCCAAUGGCAACAACCACGAACACCACAACAACAACCAUACUGUAUCCAUUCCACCGGCCGUCACGUCCAUUACGACCAUUCGAGUACCGUGGACCGAAAUCAAUUCGGCAUUGGGACAAAUUGUGCUACUCCUCAAAAUAUUGGAACAAACACAGCACGCAGGGAUUCAAUUUACCGGCAUGGCAUUGGUCCCACAGGGCAGCACGUCCAAAAUUGGAAUUCGACAACCUCAUACGGCGCUGACGGGAAAUUUGAUUUCGCGACGCAGUGGAGAAGUCCCCAUUAUUGCGCUCUACCAUCUCUAUAGUGAUGACAGUUUUCAAUUGUUUGGAAAACGCAAUUUCAAUUUGGCACUCCGAGCACUCACCGAGUGUUUGGCCAUGGCGGGGACGGCCAUUCAAGCACGAGAUCGGACCAUUGUCAUGCCAUUUGCCAUGGAUGUCACACACGAUAAUCCCAGUGCGCCCUGUACUAUUGGAGGAUUGCCCGUACAGUACGGGACCAGUGGAGCUACCGAUGGAGUCACGUGGACCCGGGUCAUGAAGUAUCUAUUGACCAAUGUCAAAUGGUGUGUCGCCUAUGCUGCCAAGCAUGUAGAUCAGUAACUAUGCAUAACAUAACAUAACAUAACAUAACAUAAUAAAGAAUAAUCAGGGACAAAUUCAAUUCAACCCGACACUACAUGACAACACUGCAAG